AUGAGAGGACGCUCCAGAAUCGUGCACAAAACUCCAGGAUCGCGCGACAGCAGUACCACCCGGCGCUCCAGGUCAGCAGUCGGAGCUGUACGUUUGCCCAUCAGCAGUGUAGAAAAUGUCUUUGGUGACAAGCUGAAAGGCUACAGUACGCGUGAUGAGACAUCAGGGAGCAUGUACGGUGUGGGGGACUGUACGGCAUGCAGUUCUUGGCAAAACAGGGUGGGGGAGGAGGGCUUCACCUACACCCCAGAAUGCCCGCGCCUGGGAAGCAUGUACGGGGAGGCUGCACUUUACGAGAUGCAACGAAACUGUGGAUACGGUUCUCAAAUGGGCAUGAUCGCCUGUAAUGCCUAUAGUUCAAUGUACGAUAUGGGUACAAUGCAGGGAUCCACGUAUGGCAUGGGUGCAAUGCAGGGAUCCAUGUAUAGCAUGGGUGCAAUGCAAGGAUCCAUGUAUGGCAUGGGUGCAAUGCAAGGAUCCAUGUAUGGCAUGGGCAAUUAUGGUCAUGGCUCCAUGUAUCAACCACACGUGCAGCUGGGCAGGGUUGUGAAACUGGAUGUUUCGUGCCCUUAUACAUUUCCUUCAAACCUCACAGCACCUGGAUUACGACGUCACAUACUCAGCAAGGUGGGCACGCAAUACGGAUCAUUUUAUGCUAACGCGAAUACCCCACCAAACCCUAUACCAAGGGAAAGAGAAGAAGGGUGGGAGACAGAACAGCAAGAACAGCAGCAGACAGAUCAGCUGCCACGAAAUGAACCUGAGAAGCAGCAUAAGUCAAGGCGGCAGCUACAAGAAUGUGAGACGGAGCAGGAGCAGCAUAUACAACAAGAGAGUGAGGGAUCACACGAGCGGGAAGAACUUGAAGAGCAGCUAAAAGAAGACGGAUCAAGGUCUCAGCUGAAGCGGGAUCAACGGCAACGGCGGACUCUGACUCACACGGCGAGAAAUCUGGCUGAAGCUGAAGGAGAAAACGAGGCACCUGUAUCUGUGUCAACCAAAAGCGCAUCAACGGAUUUCUCUUUCUGCAAGGAGAAUUGCAUUCCUGUUGCAUCUCCGACCAAUCAGGCAGCGGAAGACCCCUGUCGUGUCCGCACUCUGGUGAUUAUCGAAAAGGACGUCGCUGUGGAUGCAGCUGCUAUCUUCACAAUAGCUGGCAAUACAGUUAUGUUGGGGCAGCAGAAGUACACGGCAAACGAGGUAAUGCUACAUGACCCAUGUUCGGAAGAGGAGGAGGAAGUGGUCAAAAAGUCCAUUGCCUUGUCCAACAUGAUCAACGACUUGCUGAGCGGCCACAACUCAGUGCUCCUCGUUUCGUCUGACGGAAAGGCAACGACGGCAUCGUAUGCACUGGUGCUUGCGUCGCUGAAGCAAAUUGUGCGGCGGCUCCACGCCCAGGAUAUGCGUCGGAGCAGAGAGGCCGUUAUGACGUUAGCAUUCUCAUCGUUAAGGCGUGGGAAAGUGAGGGACCUGUUGUCUCACAAAGGUGGGACAGGUGUCGCUGAGCCGAUUAAGUUGGCCGAAUCCCCUUUGCUUGGUACAGUGAUCCUCAACACCACCACCGUCGAAGUCAAUACCGUCAACGACUGUGAGCGUUACGUACAAACGGCCCUACAAAACGAAUCCGAGUCGUCAGAGGAGCUUGUUGUGGGUACGCUCUUGCUGAAGCAGUGGGUGAAAGAGACCGGAGAUGUAUUUAUCUCUUCGUUCCUUGUAGUCCUAUCAAGAGAUGGGGUGAGGCCCUUCCUUAACGUCCGUCGGAAGAAUGGCGAUGCAAGCGCGGUACUUCUCAGCUGCGCCAUUAACGGACCAAGUGUUGUUGUUCAUGGUGUCUGCCUCGCCGAAAUCAACAGUAUCUGCGGUGAUAUGCUGCAUCAUGCAGAGGAGCUAGGAAAAGUUGUGAGCUUGCCUCCAUACAGUGGCAAUGUGCGCCGUUUACUCGCGCGAGCUGGAAAAAAGGCGGUUUAUUUAAAGGAAAAAGCGCAAACGGGCGACGAGGUUGCCGCGUUACAGUACCACCGCAUCGAGGUGAUGCUGAAAGAUAUCAGGGAGCUUCUGGAGAGACCUGAGGCCACAAAGGUGCCAUUGUCUAGUGAAGUGUCCGACGGCGCUGGCCGGAAGGUGAGUUCACCGUUGAGUGAUACGGCGGGUGCGCAAGGGAGCGGCGCGGGGUCGAAGGAAGCAGCAGCAGCAACAGCAGAGUCAGGGGCCGGUAACAGCGGGGAGAUGAUUGUGUCGUUCAGCGAUCUCACAAAGAUAAAGGAUAGGGAUUACACUAAGAUCGCUGUGGCCGUACUUGCGGAUAGGUUCAAUAGUAGACGUGUCAUGCGUACGGGGAGGAGCAGCGUGAGAGUUGAAGGCCAAGAGAUGAAUGGGGUGGAGUUCGCCACCUUGUCGGAGGUAACGCCAAAGAAGGUGCCUUUCCAUUGCAUCAAGAGGCUCUGCGAUGCCUUCGCACAUGGCACCAAUGUGGCGCUAUUAGCUCUCGAUAGCCCCAGUGCUGCGCCAAAUCUGGAAUCGCCAGCGUGGGUGGCAAUAAAUCAGGCGGUUGCAACGGCGUUGGACCGCAAAAGCAGUAACAGGGGUAAAAGCAACGAUGACACCGAAGAAGUGUGUGAUCUACGCGCAUCCAUUGUACUGAUUUCUGGUGCCGAAGUGAUGGACCUCGUGAAGGUUUCUGGCACUAUGGAACGGCUCGUCGUCGCGUCGUCGCCGCUUUUCGGCCCACUGGUGGCGACGGCCGAACUUUGCGCCGUUCCAAGUGUUGAUGCGUUCGGUAAAAUGGUGGCGGUGGCACGAACGAGUGCCGUGGGAAAAACUUCUAAGAAAACUUUUGUGGUGGUAACGCUUGUGCUGCACGCAACACACAACGGGGACUCAUUUGUAUCAUCCUUUUUUGGAUGCCUGGCAGGACAGAAUACCGCGCUGUACGAGGACGUCCUGACGAAAAAUGCUAUUGAGCCACACUUGAAGCUCUGCUCCAAUGCUGUUAGAGGACCAGUGUGCUCAGUUCUGCUGCUGGGUCUUCACAGCGCUGAUAACAACAAGUCGCUAGUGGAGGCACAACAGGCAAUAUGUGCUGUCGAGCACCCGCCAGUGAGGAGUGGAAGUGUCCGUAAGUACUUGGAGCACAACCGCGCCGCCAUUCGCUCCCGCCGUGAAAAGCUGGAAAAGACGAACGACUCGCAUGAGAAGGCGUACUUGGGGCUGGUCGUGAAUCAAAUGGAGAGGAUGCUGCGGGACUACGCGGCGCUGCUGCGCGAGCCGGAGAAACACUUCCCGCAGGUGUACAGCACCAUAUUCGAGAGAAGCAAUUGGCUGAUACGGCGCGCGGUCAUGGUAAUUGUUGAGGAAUGGGACCCGUGCGACGCAUCUGUCGUGACCCCGAAGUCCUCCUCCACCUCCCUCACAACAAAGUUUGAUGUGGCGGAGGCGGUGGCGCUUAAGCCCGAAGGUUCAGUUCCGACGCUCUACACGCUGCAGGCAAUGCGGGAUAAUUUUGCCGCNAUGCAAAACAUCGCGUUCCUUACCGCAAAUGCCACGAACACACCCUUCGCGGUGGACCCUGUGUGGAUUGAAACGCGAAAGGUGAUCUCUGGUGUCUUGACAGACGUGGGUGAGGGUGAGAAAGUGGCGUUGGAUCUCUUCAGCGUCAUUGUGCACGGAGACGAGCUGCUCGCCGACCUUUUGAUGUCCCCGGGCAGCAUCACUGCCCCUGUCGUGUUGCAGACGGUGUUGUCGCCGCUUGUUCCUCCGCUGCCGCAUCCCGCCACGCGCGUGUAUGUGACGGACCCCUCCAAGGCCGAUGAUGUCAUUGCAUCGGUGCUAAGGCGGGCCGAGGCGUAUCGGGAAGAGAUAAACGUGAAGGGUGCAACCCUCAUCUUCGGUGCGCUUCAACGCCGCUACAAGGCUGACGGGGACGUCGUCCUGUCGCUCAUGUCCGUAGUGGCUACCGGACCUGACAUGCAGCCUUACCGGGAGGUGGUGGAGGAACGAUCCUUGACGGCGGUACACGUGUUGCUUUCCGGUAUGCUGGAGCGCCCGUGCAUGAGUGUCUUCGUCUUGACGCUGAAGAGCGGAGAUACAUCCUGUGCAGAAGCCCUGUUGUUGCAGAAGAAAAUAUGCGCCUCGUACAACACACCGCAAACUGCACACACUGUCAAAGAAUUCAUUCAGUAUAGUAAGAAAUUUCGCGACCGGCUCAUUGAAUCAGGAGGGAAAAAGAAGGAGCGUGCCAAGAUGGAGAAGUUGGAGGUCGCUGCCAAGGACCACGCGGUUCUGCUGGAGGAUUUUGACGCAGCUGUCCCGUUGUAUCUCACCAUGGGUAUCAAAUACGUCCAGGCACCACACCACGAAGGACGUGAGGACGUCAAGAAAAAGAGGAGCAACAGCAGCAUUGGAAGUGGCAGUGACAGUAGCAGAAGAAAAGGUAACGGGGUCAUGCCAAUCUCCAGAAUGGUAGUGGUGACAACAAGGCGCACCGACAUCGACGCCAUUACAGUGGAUAGGGAUGAAAAGUCCCUCACGGUGGAAAAUGCGGGAGGCAAAAGCAAACGGUUUCUUGUUGACGAGGUCAUUACACGGUGCAGCGUCGCCGCACGCAUCCGGUCACCGCUGCUGGACGAGGUGUGUGGUCGUUUCAUCGCCGGCUACAACUCGGCGUUGCUCACGUCAGCGACAACCCCUUUUAGUGCAGAGAUCACCCUGGUUUUGCGCACCGUAAAUCGCGUCUUUGUAUCGCUGCCGCCCAACAGCGAGUUGUUUCUCUCGUUGGUGUCUGUCCGGGCGCUCAAAGCACGCGAUAUUCUCGUGCGGGGCAGUGCGUUCGAGCCGUACACGAUUGCAUCGUCGCCGCUCUUCGGACCAAUGGUACAUGGCGCCAAACUUGUGCGGCUCCACGACGCGGCGACGCUCAUGAAACACCUGACCUCCACCAUCGAUCUGGAGAGCGCUAUGUGUGUGGUCCUACUCGUGCUGAAGCAGGUGGUGAAGCAGCAAGAUGACGUUGUGAUUAGCUCGCUGCUCAUGACACAGUCGGGGCGGGACCCGACGCCGUAUUUAGAGGCGGCGGCGGCAGAGUCGUCCAGGGACCGCGGCCUCGUGCGCCAUGCGCUGGGCGGAGCGUGCUUCACCGUUGGUGCCGUCUGCCUUCACACAAGCGGCGACGGUGGCGCGGAGUGGCUCCUACAGGCGCUGGAGACGAUGGCCGCCGUGCGCUGCAAAAGGCCGUUCCACGGCAGCGUGCAGCGCUUUCUUGACUACANAUGGCCGCCGUGCGCUGCAAAAGGCCGUUCCACGGCAGCGUGCAGCGCUUUCUUGACUACACCAAGGGUGCCCUGCGGUGCUUCCGUGCGAAGCUGGGGUUGGUUGACGGGAUGGAGAGGGCGUCUGUCGAGCGGUGGGUGGUGA